CUGUUCUCAGACAGUCAGUCGCAGGUCGCACAGUCGCCGACGGUCUCUACGAGCAGACUCAGGCGACAACAUAUCGUUAGUUCCAGAGUUGACGCGGUAACGUGCGGUGCUCUCUUACCCCAGCUCCAGUGCAGCGCCUUUUACUCUUGUCUGUGGAUGCUACGAGAAGUCCCUCGUAACUUCCUUCGAAGUAUAGGAUCUUGGGGGAGUUAGAGACCUGUGGUGAAGGAUUGCGUUUAAUUUUGCAGUAUUGUCUCCAAUUUUUGUCAUAUAUUUUGAAUAAUUUUUUUAAAAAUUUUGUGACGUGUUUCGCUUGGCGGAAAUUGCAGCGUUUCGCUACGUCUCCGAUUAAGACGUAAAGCUUGCGACUGUUUUAGCAAGUUACACGUCGUUGAAAUUCUACGACAAUUCAUCUGGAAGAAAUCAAGAUCUGUGCUGGAAUAGCCUAGACCUUCUCCACAAUGAUAAAAGGUUGGUAUUCAGCGCAGUUACUAAUACUGUAGAUUCCUAGAUAUAUGGAGAAAUGGGCAGCUGUGUCAGGAACCCAGCUGGUGCUCCUGGUGGUCGUGAUGGCCUACUGUUGUUACGCCCUCGAGAUGGCCAGGAUCCAUAUCCCGCACGGGCAGGACUUGACGUCUUCCACUUUGCAGUGGGUGGACGACGUGGCAGGCCACAACCCACCAGAGAACGCCGUCCGCGUCACUCCCGACGGACCUCUGUGGUGCCGUGCCAAGAGCCGUGGCACUUGGACCGCGGGCGCCGUCGAGGAUGGCAAAUGCAACGUCCCCUUCUUAGGGAAAGUUCUCCAGAACAAAGAGUAUGACGUCCUCGUGUCCAUCAACGGGUCGGCUCGCAUCAUCGAGGUCGAGUGGGAUCGCCUGCAGGCCAUUCCUGACCGUGGCAUCGCAACGCCCAGCAUGCUGCUGGCAGUGGGAUCCAAAGAUGGAAACGUAUACCCCGGGUACGUGUCGCCUCAAGAGCGCCGCGCCUACGUCUUGAAGGACGGCACAUCCAAUCGACAGGACGAUGCCAAAAUUCUGACUGAGGACGAGCCCGUCCGUUACCAAGUGGACCACGUGGUGAGGAACGAGGAAAAGAGCCAGAUCACCAAGACCGAGGAGAUCGUGUCCAACACCACUUUGAGCAACCCAGAGAAAUCCGUCCAGCUCGUGACUGACUUGUUGGAUUACCCAGAAAAGGAGAUGCUUUACUGGGGCCGAAUCAGGGGCACCAUCACAGGCCUGCAGGCUAUUGUCAUGGACCCCUCGGGCAAAGAGAGGGAGAUCACCUGGGGCAUCGACAACGAACUCGAGAGCCUCCGGCAGCAGAUGGUCAGCUACGAGUUGCCCGGAGAGGCCAGCAUUGACGUCAAGCUCGUGGCCGUCAUACACAAAUACGAGGCUCCUUAUUCUGCCAAACUGACUUCUGUGUACUCUGACGGUGUGACCCGCCAGCACCCAAUUUCUGGGCUGCACGUCCACAACCGCCUCGCCGAAUUGAGGGCCGAUUUCUCCCAGCCUUACUUCACCUCGAACUUGACAGAAAUCCCCGGCGAGUACAUCCCCUCACAGAUCCUCAUCCACUCCACCACCACCACCACAACCACCACCACUACCAACUCCCCAUCCUCCUCCUCCUCAUCCUCCUCGACCACAGAGAACGAAAAGCCCCAGUCAGAUUCCCUGGCCACUUCGGGCGGCUCCACCCACACGCGUCCGGUGGCAGAACACAUGAGUGGCACCAGUGCCACCGAGGCCUCGUUGUUGCUAUCCAUUAUAUCGGUGGGACUCUUGAUGCUGACCCACAAAGCCCCUUUCAUCCACUGAGAAAUCUCAUCGCUUCACAGCAUUUAGGAUAUAGAGAUGAAUCGAGUUGUGUGUAUUUAUGAUUUCAAAGAUAACAGAGACUGCAGAGAGUUUAUGAAAUGUGCAGGUUCCGUGUUCAAGGAUUGCAUGUACGUGUAAGCCUUUGGUCCCUCAGAGUUUUCUUGAGAACUUUUUUUUAUUUAGAUUUGUAUCAGACUGAGGUCUUAUAAGCAUUGUGGGUGCCUGAAUUUAACGUUUCACAAGGUAAAGUCAUCCGUCAUUAUUACUAAAAUUAUUCAAGUAACUAAUAAAGAUUUGUCCUAUCGUAUAUGUAUGUAUGUGUACAUACAAGUGUAUGUAUAUACAUUCUAUGGAUUGUAUGUAUAUGUCAUUUAUAACUAGCCUUUGCAGCCUGAAAAAUUAGAUUACGAAGCGAUACCUUGAUGUAUGUACUUUCAAUGUAAUUUUGCUGACAGGUGCGUAUUUGUGUAUUUAUGAUGGAUAUAGAUAAAUAAGUAAAAGAGAAAAAGAGACUGAACAUCGCCUUUGGUUGUCCUGUUUCAGAUGCAGUACAGCUUCCCUGGUGAAUGAGUAAUUACUACACUCUUUCCAUUUUUAGUUUCAUUGUACAUUGAAUAAUUUAGCUUCAUUUGAUGUUGAAUAGUGACUGCAAUCCUUUCCAUUGUCAGUUUCGUUUUGCAUAAAACCGUCAACAAAGAACUCGAUUAAUUUUACAGACUCUAAACUCUUUCAAGAAAUAGUCCUCCACUGUCAAGAUCUAGAACUGAUCUGCACAAGGGACAGUUCUAUACACAUAUAUACACAUAUACGUAGAAUCAUGGUAUUGUGUAUACCCAUACAUAUAUGUAUUAAUAUUCAAAUCGGCAAGAAAAUGUCUUUUAGCAAAGACCAUAACGCCAAUUUACAGAUUUUUGUAAUACUCCAGAGUUUUGUAAUGUUUUAUAAUUGGUUAUUUUCUUAUAUAUGCAGGGCCUCCAAAUGGUGAUUUGUAGUAAAUGCAUAACCGGCCAUUUCCCCACGUGUUGCUUGUGAUUGUUUUUGGAGAAGGAGAUAGAGAGAGAUGGAGAGAGGGAGAAAGAGAAAGAAUCCGAUUAACUUCGUGUGCCUGUGCUGAGAGGCGAUAAAAGUGGAACGCCGAAUGUAUUUAAUUUUAUUUCUAUUUUUCUUGUUUCUUUCUUGGUUAUAGAUGAUAUUAAAUUAAUCUCUCGCGGAGUAUGUGAGAAUUUCUUGUUAUACGAAGUAUGAUUGAUAGGUUAUUUGAUGAGUUUACUCUUGUCCUUUUCAUCUAGAAAACAAUUAUGAAGAGGUUUGGUUUUAUUUUUGUACUGAAAAUUCUGAAAUCUUUUAUAAAUAGUUUCCCCAUUUAGAAAGUUUUAUAAGGCUUCGUCAAAUUGCGAUCUUUAAUUCAUAUGAGCAUUAGUUUUCUUUCAUUUGGUUUUUAUUUCAUAGAAUCAUUAGUUUUUUUAUGGGUUAUGGAAAUAUUGACAUAUUUCACAAUGUAUGUAUGGAGUACACAUGCACGUCCUGUGACUUUAAAUAUACAUACAUACAUAUAUUUGUACACAUGCACAUUAUAUAAUACAUACAUACACACAUAUAUAUAUAUUAGAAACAUAAAUAUCAGGCCCCCUUUUACGCCUUAUUAAUAGAAUUGAUUACUUUGGGAAUAACGCACCGCCCUUUAAAGGGAAUCUUAAUUGAUAAGUGCGUCUGCCUGGCCAGGAAUCGAACUUGUUCCUUUUGGAUAAAAUGGCAAAGGUAGACAAUCGACUCACUCAUCCAUCUGGUUAUCAAGUUAACUCCAAGGAGAAGUGCAUUGGGGCCUAAGAGGUAUUUGU